AGGGGCUUUUGGGAAGGCUGCGGAUCAACAAUCAGGCUUCCAAGGCGCCCGAGGCUUACUCGGUGGUGAGUGCGGCUGCCUUCCUCAGGACGGGCGAGCGUGGCUCUCGGCGGCUGGGCGGGCUAGCUGACUUCUCCUUCCGCCCCGGAGGCAGUUCAGAUGGCGUAGUAAAAUCUCCUGUGAACUUCUCAGGGCCGCCCGACCCCCGCUCCCUGCCUAAGUCCUUGGGCUUGGACUUGUAUUACAGUUUUGCUUUCUUUUGCUUUCGGUUUUUCAGUCAACCCAGGCUAGUCUCGAAUUUGCAGCAAUCCUCCUGCCUCCAAUCCUUCUAGGUGCUGGGAUUACUGGUGUGCGCCACCUCGGCUGUCUCUUCAGAUUUUCAGCAGGUUUUUAAGCUUUAAGCCCGUGGCAUUUAUUUAAUGCCUUUAAACUAAGUUGGGCGGCAGGGGGAUGACGGUUGUCAUAUCAGUUACUUGCGCCCAGUAGUCGUGUGAGAGGUUUGUUUAACUGGGAAAGGUGUUCUCUGUUCUUGUCUCUCCAAGCUACGUGUCGCCCCCCUGCAGUGGGCGUAGAGCCGUGUGGGUUGGGUGCUUGCUGGAGUUGUAGUUAGUGUAGUUAGGCCACACGGGUAGUGGUAGCCUUGUUCAGGCCGCUGCUUUACCGGCGGUUGUCCUUUUUUGGUUUUGAGAUGCUACCUGUGGUGGUGGUUAGGGAAUGGUUGUCCUUCACGGAUUGCGUUUAUGAGCUCUUCCGGGUGCCUUUAUCUUGGCUAAUUUAGUCCUGGCUAGUUCAACUGUUCUGUCUGGCAGGAACAUUUCAUUCCGCAUCGAUCUUCCAAGUGGUGAGAUUGAAAUUGCAGAUUUAUAGUCCUCAAGAGUCUUCAUGUUCUCUUAUGCUUUUCUAGCAAUCGGCCCACUCAUGGAAAUGUGAACAUUUCUAUAAGAAGCUGCAGUUUGCUUUGCAGUGUGUUUUUGUGUAUGAUUAGUUACAUAAAAUACUAAGUUUUCAAAAAGAAGGCUAGUGUGACAGAAAAGCUUUGCAAAAACAGAUUCUUAGUUACUGGGGUAACAAAAGAAAGCCAUGUCCUGAAUUGAUUCAUUUUUAAUUAUAACAGACUUAGAGUGGAAUGGGCCUUAAACAUGGGUGGACUUUAUAAAAUGCAGUCUUAAGUUUAUGUACAAAAUACUGUCUGUUGACCAGAUGUAUUAAAAUGAUAUAUACAGAAUCAAGGUGGUGAUAUAUAAGACUUAACAAUGAGAGAGUAACAGUCUGUGCUUUAAGCACAGUUCCUUUACAAUGAAUACUGCAGUCUUAAUAGAGCUGUGUUGACUUGCUGCAGUUGAUGUAACCCACUUUAGAGAAUACUGUAUGACAUUUUCUCUAAGGAAAUAUCAGAUGCAGACUUCAUUCAGUUCCUCUCAUUUGAUAGGAAAAGUAGUAGUUCAGAUGUCAUGUUUAAGUCCUUAUAAGGGAAAAGAGCCUGAAUAUAUGCCCUAGUAUCUAGGCUUCAUAACUAGUAAGAAGAAGUUACUUAUGGGUAAAUAGAUCUCAGGUUACCCAGAAGAGUUCAUGUGACCCCCAAAGAGUCCUAACUAGUGUCUUGGCAAGCGAGACAGAUUUGUCCUGUGUGAGUGUCCAAGCAGAAGACAGUGAAUCUAUCCAGUUAGGUGUCUGUGGUGGAGAGCUAGUGUAACGUGGUGAGAAGCUUCAUCUGGAAGUUUAAGCUGUCAGAAGUACUAUUAUUACUCAUGGACAAAACAGUCUCCCAGAGACUCGGCCAAGGUAACGUAGAAUGGAGAAUAGCACAAUCUUGUCAAAUUGGACAAAGGAGAGCGAAGAAAAAAUGAAGUUUGACUUUUCGUGUGAACUCUACAGAAUGUCCACAUAUUCAGCUUUUCCCAGGGGGGUUCCUGUCUCAGAGAGGAGUCUGGCUCGUGCUGGCUUUUAUUAUACAGGUAUGAAUGACAAAGUCAAGUGCUUCUGCUGUGGCCUGAUGUUGGAUAACUGGAAACAAGGGGACAGUCCUGUUGAGAAGCACAGACAGUUCUAUCCCAGCUGCAGCUUUGUACAGACUCUGCUUUCAGCCAGUCUGCAGUCUCCAUCUAAGAAUAUGUCUCCUGUGAAAAGUAGAUUUGCACAUUCGUCACCUCUGGAACAAGGUGGCAUUCACUCCAACCUGUGCUCUAGCCCUCUUAAUUCUAGAGCAGUGGAAGACUUCUCAUCAAGGAUGGAUCCCUGCAGCUAUGCCAUGAGUACAGAAGAGGCCAGAUUUCUUACUUACAGUAUGUGGCCUUUAAGUUUUCUGUCACCAGCAGAGCUGGCCAGAGCUGGCUUCUAUUACAUAGGGCCUGGAGACAGGGUGGCCUGUUUUGCCUGUGGUGGGAAGCUGAGCAACUGGGAACCAAAGGACGAUGCUAUGUCAGAGCACCGCAGACAUUUUCCCCACUGUCCAUUUCUGGAAAAUACUUCAGAAACACAGAGGUUUAGUAUAUCAAAUCUAAGUAUGCAGACACACUCUGCUCGGUUGAGGACAUUUCUUUACUGGCCAUCUAGUGUUCCUGUUCAGCCCGAGCAGCUUGCAAGUGCUGGAUUCUAUUACGUGGAUCGAAAUGAUGAUGUCAAGUGCUUUUGUUGUGAUGGUGGCUUGAGAUGUUGGGAACCCGGAGAUGACCCCUGGAUAGAACACGCCAAAUGGUUUCCAAGGUGUGAGUUCUUGAUACGGAUGAAGGGUCAGGAGUUUGUUGAUGAGAUUCAAGCUAGAUAUCCUCAUCUUCUUGAGCAGCUGUUGUCCACUUCAGACACCCCAGGAGAAGAAAAUGCUGACCCUACAGAGACAAUUGUGCGUUUUGGCCCUGGAGAAAGUUCGGAAGACGUCGUCAUGAUGAGCACGCCUGUGGUUAAAGCAGCCUUGGAAAUGGGCUUUAGUAGGAGCCUGGUGAGACAGACGGUUCAGCGUCAGAUCCUGGCCACUGGUGAGAACUACAGGACCGUCAAUGAUAUUGUUUCAGUACUUUUGAAUGCUGAAGAUGAAAGAAGAGAAGAGGAGAAGGAAAGACAGACUGAAGAGAUGGCAUCAGGUGACUUGUCGCUGAUUCGGAAGAAUAGGAUGGCCCUCUUUCAACAGUUGACACAUGUCCUUCCUAUCCUGGAUAAUCUUCUUGAGGCCAGUGUAAUUACAAAACAGGAACGUGAUAUUAUUAGACAGAAAACACAGAUACCCUUACAAGCAAGAGAGCUUAUUGAUACUGUUUUAGUCAAGGGAAAUGCUGCAGCCAACAUCUUCAAAAACUCUCUGAAGGAAAUUGACUCCACAUUAUAUGAAAGCUUAUUUGUGGAAAAGAAUAUGAAGUAUAUUCCAACAGAAGACGUUUCCGGCUUGUCAUUGGAAGAACAGUUGCGGAGAUUACAAGAAGAACGAACUUGCAAAGUGUGUAUGGACAGAGAGGUUUCUAUUGUGUUCAUUCCUUGUGGUCAUCUAGUAGUCUGCCAGGAAUGUGCCCCUUCUCUAAGGAAGUGCCCCAUCUGCAGGGGGACAAUCAAGGGGACUGUGCGCACAUUUCUCUCAUGAGUGAAGAAUGGUCUGAAAGUACUGUUGGACAUCAGACGCUGUCUGAACAAAGAAUGAACUACCCUUCAGCAGGACAGUCUCCUCUCUUUCAAGAUUAGUAAUCUUGCUUCAUGAAGGGUAGUAUUGUACAUUUAAGCUUAGUCUGCUGCAAGGGAAGGUCUGUGCUGUUGAGCUACAGGAGUGUGUCUGUUCCAGAGCAGGAGUCGGGAUGCUUGCUGUAUGUCCUUCAGGACUUCUUGGAUUUGGAAUUUGUGAAAGCUUUGGAUGCAGGUGAUGUGGAGCUCAGAAAUCCUGAAGCCAGUGGCUCUGGUACUCAGCAGUUAGGGUACCCUGUGCUUCUUGGUGCUUUUCCUUUCUGGAAAAUACGGAUUUUUCUGUUACUGGUAAAUAUUUUCUGUUUGUGAGAAACAUAUUAAAGUGUUUCUUUUAAAGGCUUGCAAUUGUAGUGUGUGCAGGGAUGUAUGCAGGCAAAACACUGUGUAUAUAAUAAAUAAAUCUUUUUAAAAAGUGU